AUGCCUCAAUCCGGCCAACGAUCGCAUAAGUGGGUUAGUGGGGUUCGCGGUGGGACGGGGCCACUGAUUGCGCAGUGCCUGGUGGUGGCCCUGGUGAUCGUGAACAAUCGAGCGGAUGCCAUAAGCUACCGGAAGGACACUGGCUUCGCGACCGACGGGAAGGAUCAGUUCGUGUUCCGGGCACCGGAAGCGACCAGCGUGGGCCCUCGGCCAGGAACGAUCAUUGCGUUUCAAGCGCAAGAUGUGAAGCGUGCCGGACGCGUCCGCUUCGUAGACUCGUCCGAACAGCAUCGCUCCGACAGCAGUGCUCCGUUCUUCGCACCGUCCUCUAGCGCCCCGAAUGUGGUCCCUUUUUACAAUCAGGGCGAUCCGGAUCAGGGCGGCGAUAAGUUCUACACGGUCGGUGCCUCCAUUCAGUUUGCGGGUGCAGGAGGUGAUACGAUCACACCGCCACCACCACCACCGCCAGCAGACACACGCGAUGGCCAAACUGUGGCCUACCAACAGAAAGUGAAACGAAAGAAGAACAAAUUCAAGUACGCCAAUCAGAAGGUCUACAACGUAGCGGAUGGGCAAGACCCGUACGUCCCGUUUGGGGCUCCUCUGCAGGACAAUUAUCUGACGGGGGCCGCGGGGCCUCAGUACGACCACACGAUCGGCCACUAUCCCGAACUCCAGACACAGCAGUAUCCGUUUAGCAUGAGCUCACACUAUCCCGGUGCGUAUCCCAGCUACAACGGGCAGCAGGCAUCGGUCGGAGGUCUAUACCAGCAGCAGCAGUACCUACAGCCCCAGUAUCCUUCCCCGGCGUCCCAGCCACCAUAUGCGCCCUACAGACCUUCGCCGUAUCAAGGUGGAUCGGCGCCAUAUUACCAGCAGCAGCCGUCGAAUGGGCCACCGAAUGCCCAAAGCAUUCUCGGGGUGCUCCAGAGCAUCUUCAACUUUGCCCCCGGCACGUUCGGUGUCAACCGGCCGGGUGCGGCUUACGCUCCCAAUCCGGCCCCCGUUCCCGGGUUCCCGGGAGGUGUCGGUGGACAGUUACGGCAAGCGUUGGACAAUAUUGCGGACAACGAUGAACUGCAGUGCGUGCCGAAGCUAAUCUGUAUGAUGUCCCGCAGCUCGACGGGCCAAGGUUUCAGUAGCUCCGUCAAUCGGGGUCUCCUGUCGACUAUCCUCGGUGCUGUUCCGGACAGCUCGCCGUGGCUGAAAUUUUCACGGGCCGCCUUGCUGGGGUACGGGAUCGGGGCCAACAGUUGCGACGCGUACUACCCGAAGUGCCCCAAGGAUGAGAUGCAGAUUCUGUACUACCUGAACAACCACAGGGGCGGAUUCUUUCGCUUCUUCAACAACAAC